AUGGCAACUGGCGAUAUCGGUCUCAUUGGCCUGGCCGUCAUGGGUCAAAAUCUUAUUUUGAACAUGAACGACAAAGGCUUCAAUGUCGUCGCCUACAAUCGCACAACCAGCAAAGUUGAUCACUUCCUCGCCAACGAGGCCAAGGGCACAAACAUCCAGGGAGCUCACUCAAUCCAGGAGCUGGUUUCGAAACUUAAGCGCCCUCGCAAGAUUAUCCUCCUCGUCAAGGCUGGUUCUGCCGUGGACGAUUUUAUUCGCCAGCUCGAGCCGUACCUUGAGAAGGGCGAUAUCGUUAUUGACGGUGGCAACUCCCAUUACCCAGACUCCAUCCGUCGCACCAACGAAUUGGAAGCCAAGGGCCUCCUCUUCGUUGGGUCUGGUGUCUCUGGUGGUGAGGAAGGUGCUCGCUAUGGUCCCUCUCUUAUGCCAGGCGGUUCCACGGCUGCCUGGCCAGCUAUCAAAGAAAUUUUCCAGAAGACCGCAGCUCAAGUUAACGGCGAGCCUUGCUGCGACUGGGUUGGUGAGACGGGGUCGGGUCAUUACGUGAAGAUGGUUCACAACGGUAUCGAGUAUGGAGACAUGCAGCUGAUCGCCGAAGCAUAUGACAUCCUCAAGCGUGGUCUAGCUCUCCCAGACGAUGAGAUCGCGGAUAUCUUCUUGAAGUGGAACAAGGGCGUCCUGGACUCUUUCUUGAUUGAAAUCACCGCGAACAUUCUCAAGUUCAAGGAUGACGAUGGUGAAGCAGUUGUUACCAAGAUUCUUGAUAAAGCUGGACAGAAGGGAACGGGAAAAUGGACUGCUAUUGCUGCUCUGGACGCAGGAACAGCAGUCACCCUCAUUGGCGAGGCCGUAUUUGCCCGUUGCCUGUCUGCCAUCAAGGAGGAGCGUGUUCGUGCCAGCAAAGUGAUCGCUGGUCCUCCCAGAGAGGCAUUCCGAGGCGACAAGCAACUCUUCAUUGACGACCUGGAGCAAGCACUGUACGCCUCAAAGAUCAUUUCUUACACCCAAGGCUUCAUGUUGAUGAGGGAAACCGCAAAAGAGGUGGGCUGGAAUCUGAAUUAUGCUGGUAUCGCAAAGAUGUGGCGAGGAGGAUGCAUCAUUAAGAGUGUCUUCCUGGGUGACAUCACUGCCGCAUACCAGAAGAACCCUCAGCUGGAAUCUCUUCUUUUCGAUGAUUUCUUCAACAAGGCCGUUCACAAGGCACAGCCUGGCUGGAGGCGUGUGAUUGCACAAGCCGUCCUUUGGGGCAUUCCCACUCCAGCUUUCAGUACUGCGCUCGCUUUCUUCGAUGGCUACAGGAGUGAAAUCCUGCCUGCUAACCUUCUCCAGGCCCAACGCGAUUACUUCGGGGCCCACACCUUCCGAGUCCUUCCAGGCAAGGAGAAUUCCAAGUUCAAGACUGGCGAGGACAUCCAUGUCAACUGGACUGGACGCGGUGGCAACGUCUCAGCCAGCACCUACAACACAUAA